ACGUUUUUUUCGCCUACUGCGGAUGACGGUGGAAGGCGGUGUAUGUCCGAUGCUGAGUCGUGUUUAUGACAGGAGGCGUACUUCAUGCUAAUAUUUAUUUCCACCAGCAUUCGGAGGACAAAGGAUGUUUAAAUGAACGAAAAAGACACGGAUCUUGGUCAUUAACUAACUAAUAUUGACUCUGAUUGUUCAACGUAUCCGGGGUUGUUUUGAAAGGCCUGUGUUGCUGGCUUGCUCCGGGGAAUCCUCGGACUCGCUCGGUAGAUGCUGCCGGUGGCCGAUGUGGUUGAAGUGACCACAGGCUAAAGUGCGAGAGGUCUCUCCGAGAGAAAUGAGGCCAGUGGCGGUGUCUGACGCUUCAAGUGUCACCUCUCUGACUUGCUGUUAACCGCAAACCGACUCCACUUGAUCUUUGAGCUGUUUGUGCUCCUGAGGGAACCUUCUCAACAUGAAUCGUUACCUGCCUGUGGCAAGGCAGCACUUCCUUGCUGCACUAGCGAGCACUAGUGUGGUUGUGAAAGCCAUCAGUGCCCUGGUGGUUCUCCUCUACCUGCUCUCCUGGGCCCUGGACACAUCGUAUGUACUGGGGGUUACCCCAGGAUAUCUGUUCCCUCCUAACUUCUGGGUGUGGACACUGGUCACCCAUGGGAUCGUGGAAGAGCAUGUGUGGGGCGUGGCAGCCAGUGUUGGGACAGUCAUGUCAUGUGGGCGCCUGCUGGAGCCUUUGUGGGGCGCACUGGAACUGCUGAUCUUCUUUGCCGUGGUAAAUGUAUCCGCAGGCCUUCUAGCAGGCCUCUCCUACCUCCUCACCUAUGUGGCCACCUUCAACCUGGACUUCUUGUUUGCUGUCCGUGUCCAUGGAGUGGCCGGAUUCCUGGGAGGAGUCCUUGUGGCACUGAAGCAGACCAUGGGGGAUACAACGGUGCUCAGAGUUCCACAGGUAAGGCUCAAAGCAGCUCCAGCUUUGGUCCUCCUCCUCCUGGCUUUACUGCGUCUCUCAGGCCUCCUGGAAAGUGCCACCCCCCUUGCAGCAUACAGUUACGGCGCCCUGUCCGGCUGGGUGUACCUGCGCUUCUAUCAGAGGCACAGCAGGGGCCGUGGCGACAUGUCGGACCACUUUGCUUUUGCAAGUUUCUUCCCAGAGGCGCUGCAGCCGGCGGUGGGUCUGCUGGCAGGUUUGGUCCAUUCUGCCUUGGUGAAGGUGAAGGUGUGCAGGAAGAUGGUGAAGAGGUACGACGUGGGCGCGCCGUCGUCCAUCACCAUCAGCCUGCCGGGGACAGACCCACAAGAUGCUGAGAGGAGGAGACAACUGGCCCUCAAGGCUCUGAACGAGCGUCUCAAGCGCGUGGAGGACCAGUCUGCUUGGCCCAGUAUGGACGACGAGGAAGACGACGAGGUUGAUGAGAUCCGGACCGACAUGCAACCACUCCUCCCGCAUGACCCCACCUCUUCUAUGCCCCGGCCAGCAGCGAGUGGACCUGUUGGCAUGACCCUCUCCUCAUCCUCAAUGUCACAGAGCGGCGGAGCACAGGCCAACCCGGAGUCGAGCAUCAUCAGCUUCGAGGACGCACCCUCUAGAUCGUAACCUAUUUAAUCUAAUAGACGUGAUGAUCAUGUCACUGGCAGGUGUACUAACUUAAAUGAUGCAAGGUGUUAGACCUGUUCAUACACUGUUACUGUCACCUUGGAGUCCAAACGUGGGUUUAGUGUGUCUUUUCACUUCACACGUGUUGGAUGUGCACAGUGUAGUCAGUCAGGCCUUGGCUUCCAUCUUGCGUACAGAUGCAAGUUAAGCAGCCAUUUUCUCGUGUCCUGCUUUAAUCCCAACUGAACUGAGUGGGGGGCUUUUUUGUGUGUGUGUUUGCUUUUUAAAUAAAUGGUAAGUUGGAUGUACACUUCCUUUUAUUUUUAUUUUUAUUUUUGAAGCAGCCACUGUUGUUUGCCAAGAGAACUUGGGUUCAUGACAAAGACGUGGUCCCAAAAAGACAGACUCUACACGCUGCCUUUCUGUCAGGGUUUUGGUUUGAUAACACGGUGACGAAGAGUUGAAGUACAGACACGGUAUCGUCAGCACUAGCUGCUCGUGACGGGAGAGACGCUCCGGCAAAUCGGCAAUGAAAAAAAGAUUUAAACGCUAAGUGCCAGCUGCAAAUAUUCUGGACCGAUUUACAGUUUUAGGACUAUCUUCCAUCUGAGAACUGCUUAUUUGUUCCAUUUUCACUCCAGAUUUGUUCACCACUUUAUUAAAAACAACUUUCUGUCCUCGCACGGGUAGUGGAUUUCUUUUUUAACCUCUGAUUUGUCUGAUAUUUUAGGUUGACUUUGUCUAAUCCUGGACUGUCUUAAGAGUUAGCAAUAGCUGUUUUAACUAUUGCUGCCCUUUAUAUGGCCAAUUCAAUUUAGUGAGUUUGCAUAAUUUUUUUUUUCUAUAUACUCUCAAAAUGUACAGAUUUAGUUUGUGUCUGAUGUUAUCUUCCUGGCUGAGCCCACAGAGGGCAAAUUGCUCCGUCAAUAGAGUACACCUGCACUGAUCAGUCGUCAGCAUUGUUUGUGCUAUUUGAGCACUCUGGAUCGACUGCAUUUGUAAAAUUGCAGCACCUGACAGGUUAAUCCACACUGUUCAAUAGAUUGAGUGCAGGAUGAAACAUCAUGAGGCUAGAGAGCAGAUUAUUGAGGCCUGGAUUCCCAAUUGUCAAGGCAAAUUAGACACAAAAUAAACUUGCUAAGAUCAUGAACACGAUAAAUUGCGGCAUAUGCCCGUUAUAUUAAUAUUUGCAGUAGACCUGUUCAUUUUACAAAUUAUGGAUUGAAAUGAACGAAAUGCUCGUGUCCAAAUGUAUUGAAAUUGUAAACAAAUCAGACAAGAACUGCAAAUACGAACACAAAUUGGUUAUGGAACCACAGUUAAAUGUAAUCAAAUGCAUUCUGAUUAUUUUCUUAUUGUCCCUCUUAUGUAACAAACAUUUGAUUGAAAGCAGACAAAGAUGUGAAAUAAAAGUCACAUGCCAUUUUUGAGGGGCGGGGGGAGCACGAAGAAAUCCAUUGUGGUGGGCAGAUAACAGGAGUUUCCUCCAUUUUUGUUUUAUUUUGGGAAUUUAUACCCAAACCUAUGUGUUAGAUCACCAUACUAUCAGAUGCUUUUAACUGUCCAUCUCGCUUUUUGUGUGUUCGGGAAUGCAUUUAUUGUCUUUUAUUUUUUAAAUAUAAUUUGUAUUUUAUUUUUUA